AUGGCCUCUCGCAGGACCAACAUGGGUAAACAUUCACCAAGCAAUCCUACAGUAGGCCUGCCUGAACGUCAAACGCCUCACACCCCGGGCGAAAAGUCAGGAUCUGUUGGCUACAUGCUUGCAAAAUCCGACCAGCUUAUCAACUGGGCCCGACAAGGAUCUCUUUGGCCAUUGACCUUUGCAUUAGCCUGCUGCGGUAUCGAAAUGAUGCACACAUCGAUGCCCAGAUACGACCAGGACCGAUUGGGGAUCAUCUUUCGAGCGUCACCGCGGCAAUCCGAUGUUAUGCUGGUUGCUGGCACGGUAUGCAACAAGAUGGCACCCGCACUAAGAACACUUUACGACCAAAUGCCAGAUCCGAAAUGGGUUAUCAGUAUGGGGAGCUGUGCGAAUGGUGGUGGAUACUAUCAUUAUAGCUAUAGUGUUGUGCGCGGCGUGGAUCGUAUUGUCCCGGUUGAUAUCUAUGUGCCGGGUUGUCCGCCUACUCCAGAGGCUCUGUUGCAGGGAAUCUUUCUGCUACAGAAGAAGAUGCGAAGGACUCCCGUGACAAGAAUGUGGUACAGGAAAUGA